AGAUGGUAAUUUAAUCCAUAUUUGACAACCAGUUGUAAUGCUUCAAGGUAAUGAGGACAGGAGUGAUGGACAGAAGUGCCCAGCCGUUCUUUCUUGCCUUUUGGAACCAUGCAGGUUUUCACUGUAGUCGAGUAAUCGGUCGUUCUUUUUAACCAUGAUGAGGAGGAUGGGGUUAUGAUAACUGAAGUCUGAACCACCACGGAUCGAUUUCGAAGUCGCCAGUUUACGGUUCGCUCGUUUUUUAGCACUCGCACAAGAACGCAUGACUUGUUGCUCUGCUUUUCACGCUAGUUUUAUUGCAUGAAUUUCGAUGGAAUUUACACGCUCGGAGUUAUAGCCUAUUCGGGGGUUGCGAAUGAUUAAUGUUUAACAACAGCGUAGUUCGUUAUGAUAAAAAAGCGUAGGCUUGUGACAUGGUGGGGGGUUCGAUCUGCUAGAGUUUGACUUGCGUGUGGGGUUCCACAUUAUAAACUUAUCGGCGUCUUGAUAAACUUUGAACGAGCGCGAGUGCGAGGGAGCUUUGAGACAGCGGGGGAAAUGGCUGAGGAUGAGAAACCACGGCUCUGCUGUAUGACGAAGGGGGAGAACGGGUAUGGAUUUCACUUGCACGGCGAAAAGGGAAAGAGCGGGCAAUACAUUCGGAAAGUGGAGGCCGGGACAGCGGCAGAAGUGUCGGGACUGCGCGCUGGGGAUCGCGUCAUUCAGGUGAACGGAGAGAAUGUGGAGAAAGAGACGCACCACAAAGUGGUCCAGAGGAUCAAGGCGCUGGAAGGGGAGACCAGGCUGCUGGUGGUGGACCGCAGGACAGACGAGCUCCUGCGCAGCCUCCGCCUCACGGCUACCGAGGAGAUGGCUGUGAGGGUGCCCGCCCUCGCCCCCGCCCACGCCCCCGCCCCCGCCUCCACAUCCUCGUCUCCCCCGGGGUCGCCCCUGGGGUCGCCCCGCAGCCCAGGGGGGAAGAAGAGGGAGAAUGGCUCCGUGCCAAAGCAGGGGCAGGGGGGCCCCGGGGCCCAGGGCACCAAGCCCAGGAGGUCGGCCUCGAGGGCCGCCAAGAAGGAGGCAGCAACCCUGCUGGAGCCUGAGACGCAGCCCCCUCUGGACCCUUCGGAGCUGGUCCCGCGGAUGUGCGUGCUGGCGCGCUCUGAGGCGGGCUACGGCUUCAACCUGCACAGCGAGAGGGCCCGGCCCGGCCAGUACAUCCGCUCCCUGGACGCAGGCUCCCCGGCCGAGCACGCUGGCCUCCGCCCGCAAGACAGGCUCAUUGAAGUGAACGGGGUUAACAUCGAGGGCAUGCGGCAUGCAGAGGUGGUGGCCUUCAUUAAGAACGGUGGCGAAGGGACCAGGCUGCUGGUGGUGGACCCUGACACGGAUGAACACUUCAAGAGGACGGGGGUUGUCCCCACAGUCAACCACCUCAGAGACUAUGAUGGCCCCUCCAUCUCCAACGGGUCCCGGAGCCCCCAUCUGAAUGGGAAGUUCACCACACACUCCAUCCGGUCCACCCAGUCCAACCAGAGCAGUCAGGCAGACAGCACGCAGAUGGCGGAUGACGAAGGAAGCCGCCUGCUGGACGCCUUUGCAGAGAUCGGACUGAGCUUGAGCCCCACGGCCGCCGAGGAGAAGGAGAAGGCCCGCGCCAACCGGUCCAAGAAACGAGCCCCACAGAUGGACUGGACCAUGAAAUACAAGCUCUUCAGCAACUUCUGAGGGACUGAGCCAUGAACGCCAGCGCUUCAGCAACAUCUAAGGGACUGGACCAUAAAAUGCCAGCCCAUCAAGAACUACUGAGGGCCUGGACCUGGACAUGCCAGCUCUUCAGCCAUUUCUGAGGGAUUGGACCAUGAACUGCCAGCUCCUAAGCAACUUCUGAAGGACUGGACCACGACGUACCCGCUCUUCACAAGUUUCUCAACAGCUUUUCAGCAAUUUGUGAUCAAAUAUCAGCUCUUCAACUUUUGUUUCUGAUGGUCUUAAAAUAGCAUAGCUAAGAAUAAAUAUGAAUCUCAGAAUGUUCUCCAAAAUGGAAAAUGACAAUGUGUACGGACACACACGCACACACACACACACACAUAAGCAAGUGUGUGAGGGUGAUUUCCGAUGAAGGAUUGUACUUUCUAUUUUACUCUUCACUUUCUUGAAUGAUUUUAAAUACCUUUGACUUGGUCAAGUGUUUUUUGGAGCUUGUUUACAACAGACUCAAGAAAGUUUUUUUUCAGCUUCCUCUCCUAGGAUACUCUUCGUCCUCCCAUCGAAGACUACUUCCCCGCUGACUGAUGCGAGGAUAUUUUUAUAUUCAAGACAUAUGUAGUCUGAGAGAAACAUUAGAUGAGUGUGGUCUGAUGAGAAUUUUCUGCAUUCUAGUAGUUUAAGCCAUGUUUGAACCAGCAUUUCGGAACUAAGAGGCUAUAGACUAAUGGGACCUCCAACAAUUUGAUGAUGUCAAAGUUUAAAUGAGAUGUUUCUCACAUAAAUUAUUAAGAAAUCACUAUUAUAAGUUACUUACUAUAUAAGUCAUAGACAAAUCAUAUAAAAUAUAACUCACCUAUAAUAAUUAGUUCCAAUGCUCAAAAGAUAUGUUGUUCAAUUUAACUCUACAAUAUCAAUGGGAUAUGCCACUAUUGUUUAAUAUAUUGACUGGGAGAAUAACUGGAAACAAUAGACUGGAAUAGGGGAGGAGUAGGUUUAUUUAUUUUCCUGGAAAGAAAAAAGAUUGUCGUCAAGAAUAGUCGGUUGCUUGUAAAGGCAUUGUUUGAACAGCAGAGGGUAGUAUUGCAUCUCAAUAGUUGUAUUUUUUUCUGUUCACCAGCAAAAUAAUCUGGAACAAAUCUUUGCUAUGUAAUGUAAGAAGGAAUGGAAUGAAAAUGAGAAGUCACAAUAUGAAGAGCGGACUAUUUGGUUAGUAUUUCCUAUUGGCUUGAAGAGGAGAGAUAAAAUACAGAGAGGGAGAGGAACACCAAUUAGUCAGUUAAUAAUGUAUUACAGCUUUUUUCAGGAUCAGAACAUAAAGAAUAGGCUCAUUUUCAUUUGGGUAAUUAUGAGUCGGUUGUCAGCAACAAGAAGUUAUUUUUGAGAUUUGUGUUUCGAGAGUGAAAAAAUAACAACGAUGAGCUGCAACACAAGUCCAUCUACAGUCUGAAAGCAAGACCCUGAAUUUCAUUUGAAUUGGGUUUAGUUUGAAAACAUCUUUGGUUUCCUUUUAUAGAGGUCAACAACUUAAAGAACAUUAAAACCGGACAACGUGAUUCAUUUGUUGAAUCUUCUCUAGAACCUUCUUGUGUGCUGACGUUCUGAUGAAUGGUUCUGAUUCAUGCUUGGAGAUCCCAGUCAGGAAGGACGGGUCAAGUACGGGUUGGGGAAAGGGUCAUGGCAAACACACACAGACACACAUGGGAGCAGAUCAAAGAUUACUGCGGGGAGAAGAAGGUCCCAGUAGGCUUAUAGUCAAUUAUAAACAACACCAAAACAGCUGUCAUAGAUACACACAAUACACUCACAGACACAAGAACACACACAAUGAACUCAAACUCUUAUAUCCUAACAGGGUAAUAUAGAGACAAGGGAAUCCGUUGUGUGUCAUGUUAAGAUGUAUCCAAGCACAAUAUAUGCUCAGAUAAACCGACAUAUUUGUAUUCAGUAAUAGCAUAUUUACAAGAAUGUUUGAUUUGUCUAUUGGUUAUUUGUUGAUGAUGAGGAUAAUAGGAUAUCUUUAUCUGACAUUAUUUUGAUCAUCUGUAUAAGUAUACAUAGCCCAUGGUGGGUUGAUUCCUUUUUUCAAUAAAGUCCAUCUUUGUUUUUGAAUGUUCAA